AUGCAUCACAUCCUUCGACUAUCAGAGACGGCUUAUGUGGGACUAUGCCAUAAAAUAGGGACUCCAACAGAAGUCAGGAUAAGAAGAGAAGUAGACAAUGCCGAAGAAGCUGUGCGGAAAGCCAUAAUGAAAAGUAGAGGAUUUACAACAUUGAAGAGUGGUAGUAAUCGUGAAGGAUUCAGACUGAGUACUUCAGAUGAAGAUUACAUGUCCUGGGAGGAAAACGUCAAGGUGAUAUGUGAUCUUUCUCAGAUCCGUUACUAUCAUGUUCCACGGCACGUAUUGAUUCUGAUGGAGUGUGAUGAUUUACCACCAGGAUUUACACGACUAAAACUGAUAAGUCCGUCAAAUGAUCCAAUAGUUAAAGCCUCCUGUGUAGUGAUUGAGAAUGAAUUUUAUAUUUUUAGUACAUUAUAUCGCAACAACCAUUUACGGCUUCACCGGUUAUUUCCAGGUGAUUUUCGUACCUCAACCUCUCAUGGACCUUGCUGUUCAUUUAUUAGGGACAACACGGAAAAUGACUAUUUAUUCUGUUUCCACUCAUAUCACUGGCCGACAUCGGCUCUUCCAUGGAUACAAAGAUGUCGUGAACAAGGUUGGCCCUGCGAGGCUGUUCUAUCUGAUAUACUUAACACAGGAUUCCACGUAGUUCCUAUUGGCAGCACACCUGAGAAAGGAGAAGAAUGGAGAAUUUCAUUCUCUCUGGCAGAACAAAAGCUAGUACAUUCACUGAACCACUAUUGGGUGACACAGUCAGGUCACAACAAUCCUUAA